CUAAAUGGCGAGCACAUGCUUACAGCCAGAGUACAGACUACAACAGUACUAAGUGAAAUACCAGUACUAACUGGUAGCAGUAGUACCAGAACCAGUACUAACGUCAGAGUAGUAUUUUGUUGCAGUACAUUAGCGUGUGUUUCGUAUUUGAGUCUUAAACACAGAUCACUGAUCACACCGUGGUGUUGAUGUGUACAUUUUGUAAAUCACAUGCCUCUUUGCCAUCAGUUAUUGCCAACCUGCUUCUAGUAGUAUAAACACUUUGCCUGUUACAGAGGAGAAAUAUGGAGUAUCUGCCGGAGUGUAAUAAGAGAUAUAAAGACGUGGAGUACUGGAAUGAACGCUACCAAACCGAAGAGACGUUUGAGUGGUUCGGGGACUUCGCUAAAUUCCACCAUCUUCUGAUCCAGCAUGUGGGGAAAGAGGAAAACAUCCUGAUGUUGGGUUGUGGGAACAGCGCUUUAAGCUUGGACAUGUACCUGGCUGGCUACACGACCAUCACUAAUGUGGACUACUCCAGUGUGUGCGUGGAAAACAUGGCCCAGCGUCACACUGAAUGCACAGGCUUGAGCUGGGUGUGUAUGGAUGCUCGUCGUCUAGCUUUUCCUGAUUCCUCAUUUGAUGUGGUUAUGGAAAAGGGAACGCUGGAUGCCAUGCUCGUGGAGGAACGAGACCCUUGGAACAUUUCAGAUGCCAGUGCCCAGCUACUGCACGAAGUUCUAAAAGAGAUCAGUCGGGUCCUGAAGCCUGGGGGUCGUUUUGUCUCAGUGACUUUUGCACAGCCACACUUCAGGAAGAAAUUGUACGCUCGCCAAGAGUACGGCUGGUCCAUCAACCACUAUCACUAUGGCGACAGCUUCCACUACUUCCUUUAUGUCCUUUCCAAAGGGAAGGAGCUCAGCCCAGAAGAUGCUGCAUUGGAGAGGAGGGCGCAGUCCCAGACAGAAGACCUGUCCAAAGUGGUCAUAUUUCAGGAGGUUGAAAAUGAAGACUUCCUCAGUAACAUUGGCCUAUAAAAGCCUGGAUGUUAUGACUAACUUUUUAUGUUUUUACUAUAGAUUUACUGUACCAAUGUUUUAUGGAUUAUGAUUUUAGAAAUUAGAUUAGAAAAAUCUCGGGUUCUUAAGACAUUACACUUUAGAGUUGUACAAAUGCAUUGUAUUCAUGUGAGAUACUUUUAGCUUUUGAUGUGAAUUUGCAUUCAUAAUAUUUUAUGCAAUGUUCAUGACAGUAUGAAUUUUACUGAAUGUAGGGUUUUCAUUUUUACAUUUGCUAAAUUUAUAAUAUUGUAAUGUGAGGGAAUUUUUCAAACAUAGUCUUAAAAUAUUCUCCUGCUUGUCUCCUUGCCCUUUUCAUGGAUUCUUUUUUGUGGAGAAAAAGCUGAACUCAUUUGUCAUGUUUACAUAGAGGUCACCCGGUCAUAGAUGCAUUACCAAACAACAAAAUUCAUUUAGCCAUUUUCAGGAAACGGGGUGUGUGUGUCUGCGCAGAUUUUUCCUAUUGUAAAUGAGGUUUAAAUAUUGUACUGGCCACCAGGUCUUAGCAACAAUGAUUAAUAAACCAGAAAUCAUUUAUUUUUAA